AUGCAACACGUGGCGAGCGUGUGCCUCAGCGACGGUGCCCUGUACGAAGGGCCGUUGGUUGAUGGCAAACCGGAGGGACGUGGCGUGUGCGUCUUUCCGUCAGGGGUUAUUUGCGCCGGGAGGUUUUCGCACGGACAUUUAGACGGGCACGCGGAGAUGUUACUUCCCACCGGUGCACGUUUUUCUGGCAGCUUCAAGAGUUCUGCGGCGCACGGCUCUGGAUUGUACGUGCAGGAUGGCCGUCUGACGCGUGGCAGGUGGCAUGAGGGAUUUAUGGUGGAGCAGGCGGAGGAUAACUUGGGCGGUGGAGCUCGCGCACAACUUUUCACGCGCAUUGCCUUUCGUCUGUGUGAUGAGCUGCAGAAACUCACGGCGGUGACUCGAGCGCCGAACUGGCAGCAUCUGUAUGUCAACAGUCGCAUCAGUGAGCCAAAAGUGCGUCUCUGCAGGGAGUGUUCCCCAGAAAAGAACUCCAUGCCAUCAAACAGUGAGAAGCCCGAAUAUUUCAUUGUGAAUUGCUCCUCCACGAGAAGUCCGUCACGCGCAAUCAUUUCCCGGAGUUUUGUGGACCGACAAGCAUCACUGUCGGAUACGGAGGAGUCUCUGACGGCGGCAACGACGCAGCGGCAAACGGCACAUGCUGAGAUACAGAUGCAAGAGAAACCGGCUACAAAAAAUGCACUUGCGAUGGGGGCCUCCGCCUAUGCGAUAUUUGCAUGUGCCGCACCUGCAUCCAAUGAGUUUUUCUCAUUUAGUCAUUACGUGAAAUAUUGCCUCAUAUUUCUUUUCCCGUUCCUGUCGUUGCCGCAGUUUCCAUUUUCCCCUAUUCGUAAGGCCAGGCUAGAAAUGGAACGGGAAUUUAUUGUGAGUGGUGCCUCGCUCCUAAGAAAAUACGACCCGCCAUUUCUUUCCUUACACUUUGUGACGCUUGCAAUGUGUUGUAGUUUUUCAGCAGUUGUGAUUGCUGCAGCGAAGGUGAAUCUGGGCGCAGUGAGUGAUGGACGUCUGACACUGGCGGAGAUUGUGAUUCCAUGUGUUUUUUGGGUGCUGCAGUCUUUGUUUUACGCCGCCUAUAAUAGUUACAUGCGAGUAGCACACGCUUUGGAACGGUUUGAACGUCGUUUGACACCACGGCUUUCUGCAUUUACUGCGGGUCUGGUGGACAUAAAGGCAAAAGUAUGUAUUUAUACCUGGGAUGAGAAGGGCCGAGGGAUGGUGACAAACAAGCACUACCGCUAUCGUUGGCUAGCAUGCUCUAUUGUUGUUGGUAUUGUCAUGGGGCUUGCAGCUCCUCUCACGCGUGUCGGUUUUGGACACCCAUUUUUUGGAACGGGUACGUACGACAUGGCGGCGGC